AUGGCGCCGACGAGACGGUCGCCGGCGGCCCCGGGCGGCCGGGCCGGGCUGCCGCCGCGGCGCGCGGCACUCCCCUCGCCAGCUCAGCUGGGGCCUCUUCCACGGGCACUGCCGAGUCUCUCGCACCGGGGCUCGAGGCGGCCGCGCGAGGGCGCUCCUCCUACACUUCUGCACGUGCGAACCUCGUCCUCGCUUCCGACGGAGGCGAUGCACCAGGCGGGCGGAAGUACCGGGAAGCGCGCGCGCACCGACGGGGGCGGUGCGCACAACCAGGGAUUCGGCGCCGGCCAGGCUGCGCUGAUGCAGCGGAGCACGAACCCCUGGGACCAGGAACGCUACUGGAACGCCGCCAUAGAACAACAAAUGAAGAAAGACGCAGAAGAUCUUCUGAUCCUGCGCGGCGUACACAAGAACGUCGCCCAUUCCGUGGUCCACGACGACCCUUCUCUGUCUCCGCGCGCCCUGCACGCCAAGGUAAACAAGUGCCUGGAAAAGACCCCGAUUCCGGAGGCUCAGGUACCGGUGGGGCUCACCCCUUCCCUGAAGGAAGACUACAAGCAGGCGCCGGAGAGCUACCCCGCGCUCAAGGUGCCCGUCAAUCUCAAGCAAUGGAGUUUCAUGCGCUGGCUGGAUGCCGAUAAGCACGUGGAAAGGGCGAGACGUGUCAGACCGAAUGCAGCGGCGCUCAUGCUCCCCGUGUACGACGAAGCCGUUGAGUUCCUCAAGGGCGAACACGAGGAUGGAACGUGCUGCCUUGUCCCGCAAGAUCUUUUCAGUCGCGCGAUCAAAGUCGUCGACGAGGUGAAGAAGAGGCCCGAUGCAGGCCCUUGCUGGAUGAAGGGCUUUGUCGCCGACGCCGGGUACGCGGGGGAGUUUCCCGGGACCAAGGCAGGGAUGGAGGAACUCUUCGACGCUCACAUCGCGUCGCUGGAUCAGUGGCCGGCUCCGGGCGCCUCCAACCCCGGGGAGGGGCAGUGA